CCUUUAUAAUCUAGUUUACAGACGUCAGGAACGGAUGGUGGCUUGCACUAUUCCAAAGUGAGGCUUUUAAUGUCAGAUGCGGAGAGGUGAAAGCGAUGGAGAAAACUGUAGCAGUGUGGUUCAUUGUGGAUUGUUUCCGUGUGGUGAGGAGGGGCUGUCUGGUCUUGAUUUUCCUCAGAGCUAGACAGUAAUAGCCGUUUCUCGGGAGAUGGUUUAAUUUAGCUGAUGUACAGUGCGUAGCUCUGUUAUGAAGAAAGAAUCCGGAUUGGAGCAAAGCUUUUUUUUUUUUUUUUAAGAAGCUGUGUUGUGUUGAUUUGCUUUCGUUUCACAGUUGCGAGGCAGCUAUAAAGAGACAGGAAAUCGCUUAAUAAAUAGUUGCUCGUUACAUAUUAGUCCUGUGUUUGCACGUGCUGAGGCCUCGGUCACAUGUAAGAAGCCGUUUGGCACCAAAGCGAGUUCCGAUGUGCGGGUGGGGUGUGGAUUCCGCUGGAAAAUCAUGUGAAUUGGUGUAAAUCCGCCCUUUCCUUUCCUAUCCUAUCCCGCCAAUAAUAUACGAGUUGACAAUGGUUCGAUUUUAACGAUGGUGUAUUGGCUUCAGAGGAAUAUUCAGAUGAAUUCGGGAGUCCCCGACGAAAUAGGCUGAACCUCCAGAAUAGGGCUGAAUGCCUGAUGACGCAGAGAAAGUGAAGAGCAAACGAAGGGUGACUUGGGAGUUUGGGGAACCAACCGUAUAGAUUUUCUGCAUCGGCAUUUAAAAACCUAAACAAAACUUGGCCUGAACUUGUGACUUCUGAUUUUUUUUUUCUAUCGGAAGACCCUGGGAUUGCUUCCAUGCAUAGGGGUCCUAAUUAAUCCCCCACCCACCCCUAUCUGGUUAAACUCCUUGAAGAUCAUGAAGGCUUUUGUUGUUGUUGUUGUUGUUGUUGUUGUUAUUUACGCACAUCUAGAGGGAUGUCUUCAGUUUUAAUUUGGGGUUAUUUCCUCGUUGGUGCACCUCAUUUAGAUUAAUAAACAAAUGCACAAUCCUACUUUGUUUUCAGUUUGGGAUUAAAAAGAUCUCCGGAUUGUUUGGGGUUUAAUUCUUUCUACAGGUUUUUUUUUUAAGUCAUCAGUAUAAAUGACAAAGUUGUAAAACAGAUCAAAGAGAAAAAGCAGAAGUAGAACAGCCAUCUUUUGAAAGAGUGCUUUUAAAGCAAAGUCACAAAGGAGGAGUACUGUAAAGUCUUUCCCUAGUGCUAAAAGCAACCAGCAUAGCAGCAGGUGGAUUUCUCUGGAGAGAGUGGACAACAGAUAAGGAAAUGCUGCAGAGAAGAGCCAGGGUUAUCCAAGGCUAAUUGGAUAACUAAUGUACUGCUAAUCUAAGAGACACUCAGUCAAGGACUGGCAUCAACAGGCCCUGCUAUUUCAGAGACACACCCGUCAGCUGGCUCUCCACUGUUCAGUUUCCUUCUUCUCAGGAAAUGUUUGCCCUUCUGUGUUUCCGGCAACUGCAGAGCAUGUCCUUUAUAGAGUCACUAUACAGUGGAGGAGAGGAUGUACUGGAGAUACCUCAUAUUUUGCUUGGGUGGCUAGUUCAAUUACAGGGUGUUUCUGGGGGACUAUCAGGAGCGCACAAGAAAAUGUCAUCUGACAGCUUGUCGACCAAAGCCCUAAAGAUCAAACGGGAGAUGGGUGAGAACACACCACAUCUUUCAGAUGAGGAGCUUAUGGGACUGUCAGUGCGGGAACUUAACCACCAUCUGAGAGGCCUGUCCAAGGAAGAGGUAGCAAGAUUGAAGCAACGUCGGCGCACUCUAAAGAAUCGUGGCUAUGCAGCCAGCUGCCGAGUGAAGCGGGUGUGUCAAAAGGAGGAGCUGCAGAAGCAAAAGACGGAAUUAGAAAGGGAAGUUGAUAAGCUAGCGCGGGAGAACGCUGCCAUGCGCCUUGAGCUGGACGCCCUGCGUGGCAAGUAUGAAGCGCUGCAGGGCUUUGCCCGCACAGUCACUGCUCAUGGCACUGCUGCAAAGGUGGCAACUGCCAGCGUUAUCACAAUUGUCAAAUCUGGUUCCAACCAGGCCACCUACUCCUAGUGCUUACAAGCCAAGCCAUGAACUAAGUCCUAUUGCCAUGCCUCUGCACAGCUCUUACCUAAAGCGGCUGUAGCUGCACUGGCUCUUUCCUUCUCCCACUUUUGUUCUACCCACUGGAGGAGACACAGUUGACUUGAAGACCAAAUGGCUAAAUGUUGAACUUUGUCCUUAGUCCUUGCCUUCAUUGGAAGAUUGUGGGAAAGUGGUGUCCAACUUGUGUAAUUUUAGCUGUCAGUUAUUUGUGAAUUGGAUUACAAUGGCCAGUUAUUCCUAUUUUCCUUUUCCAUUUUAUAUUUGUUAGGUUUUCUUCUCUGCUGCUUCAUACCUUAUGACUGAUUAAAUGUAAAACAGAUAGAUUUGAAGAUGAGAUCUUUACCUUAGUUGAAAAUGCUGCGUCGGAGAAAUUUUGACAGCAAUUAUAGAGAAAGGCAGAUAGUUUCUAUCUGAUUGGAAAAAAAGAUGCCAAGACUGAAGUCUUCUUUUAAGGUCUAAAACCUAGUGAUUAUAAUAAUCCAGUUGUUAUCAGAGGAUAUCAAUUUCCCAGUUUCUUGGUGCACUGUUCAGACAUAAGUCUAGGUAUUCAUGUAUAACUCUGUCUGCUUUUUGUUGUAAACCAUAGUUCCCAGUUACCUACUGUUUAAUUCAGAGUCUCUUGAUCGUUUCAGCAUGAAAUUGUUGUUUUACAAGAAUCAGUCUGAGCCUCUGAUGAGUAGACAUUUAAAAAUGAUAAAAAAGUAUUAUUGCUUGGUGACUGCAACGGUGGUGGAAAAACAGAUCACAAAAGGGACAUGUCAAGAAAAGAAUUAGUUGCUGCUAACCCACCCUAGGAAGAAAUAAUUAUGCACAUUGCAGUGACUGGAGAGACAAUCUCUCUGCAACUGUCUGUGGAUGCAAUUGUGCUCCAAAUACUCUUUUGAUUGUGAAAGUGUUCUUCUGCUGAGGUUUUAUGGACAAAAUAGAAACAGCUUUCUAAAGAGGGAGAGAGGGAGAGAGAGAGAGAGAGAGAAGAAAAUGGGAAAAGUAAAGAGGGAGUGUGUUAAAUGAGGAAAGAGCAGCAUGGAUAAAGCAAGUGAGACUGAUGGAUAGUGAAGGGACAACAGAAUUGCAAGUGAACUUCUAGAGAAGAUAACUGAGUUCUAAAAGAAUUAGUUUCAUGAGGGGUACUAAUAGCAACAAACAAAAUGUAAUGAAGAGAGCCUUUUGUAUUUUCUUUCUGUUUUUGCAUUGGCAAAAGACUAGAAAUAGAAACUCAGGAAAGAAAUAUACCCAACUAUUACAGAGAUUAAGACAUUUUAUGUUCAAGGGAAUCAAGCCAAGAAGCAGUACAGGCUAUUUGCUUGGGGUGUGGGGUUCUGAGGUAUUCAGAAUCAAUCCUAAUCAUAGAGAUGGGGUAUAACCCAGCACAUCUCUUUCAGUUUCUUUUUUUCUCCCCAAAAGCAAGUUGAGAGAGGGCCAAUCACUUACACAGAACAAGGAAAAGAGGCUUCAGUUGCAAACACCAUUGGUGAGGAAUAUAGUUCCUCUGUGUUGUUUUGUGGCCUAAUUUUUGCUCUAUUUAGUUGUGUAAAAUGCAAGAUACAUUUUUAUUGAGGAAAGUGUAGUAGAUGAAAUUCAAAAUGCUUCUUUAUAUCUACAGGAUGCAUUUUCACAAGAGCAGCAAAAUAACUUGAACCAUAGCCAAAAAUAAUUUUGUCAUGAAAAUAAAACCUAGUUUAAUCUAAGCUAGCACAAUGGCAAAGUCAAGUUCUUCUAGAUGCCACUGUAUUUGUCUCUUGUUCUUUUAAGAUAAUAUUCUCAUAUGCACUUAGUAGGAUUUACUGUAAAAACCACACUGUUUAAUUUUUAAAAAUGUUUACAAUUACAAUCUCGUCCCUUUCAUUGUAGCAGCUUUUAUACCAUCCAGUGGUUCUCCAGAUGCAUUCUGCCAUGUUGACUGCAAAUGCUGUGAAUUGCAGAGAGCACAAGUUAGAGAAAACUGAUACCAUUCAAAAGCCUAACUUAGUAAACACACAAACUUAAACAGUGUACUGUUUCCCUUUCCUUGCCAUGCUUUCAUGAAUCCCAUAUGCCAUUUAAACCAAGCUGCCUGCAUGUACACACAGAAUAUUAGUAGCACUGGACUUGUAGAAUCAACUAUUGAUAUACUACCCAUUUGUAUGCCUUUCUGGCCAAGCAGUUUUAGCCCAUUGCCUUCUCGUUUUAAAGGGGGUAUGAAAUCUUAUGCCAAGCAUGGACAAUAUGAGAAUAGCACAUCUGUACCAAGAGACACUGGCAGCUCCAUUGCUUAAGAAACUGGGAAGUUUAUACACCUGGGAGACAUGGAUACAGUAAUUUUGUAGAAAGCAUGGAGAAGGGUUAGAUUAGAAGACUUAGGAAAGUACCUUCUUCCAUUAAAUAUACGUUGCUAACAUAAGAACCAGUGAGUAUUUGUGGGUAAUCAUUUCCAGGCAUGUGCCAGUGACUUGUUUAUGUGGCAAGUAUGAUCCAUUUUUUAAAAAAGACAUAUGGAUGGGUUUACCCAUCCUGCAGCUUGACGUGACUUCUACCCCUAACAUGGAAUCAGCUUCCAAACCAGUGUUGUCCAUCCUUCCCCUCCAGCCUUUUGAUCCUUAAUGGGGAUUCCCUCUUUAACGUUUCUACCCUUGACACCCUAUUUUUCCUUGUUCCUACCCUGUGAUUUAUUUAUUGCACGAAUAUAAGUUAUUUUCACAUUCUUUAUGCCGUUCUGCCUUGUGGCCCGGCCGGGAUGUUGGUACAGAGCUGUACUUUAUAUUUUAUAUAUGCAAAUCACAUUUUAUCUUCUAUAGAGCAAGAAAAAAAGUACUUAUUUAUUUUCUGACUUACAGUAAGUGUCCUGCCAGACUCCUCUGUAUUUUGUAGAAUUUACAAAUAAAGCCAGAUUUUUUUUCCAAAAUGGAGAAACUGAAAAUAA